ACAACCAGCUGUUCAUCAACAAUGAGUGGCAAGACGCGGUCAGCAAGAAGACCUUCCCGACAGUCAGCCCUGCCACGGGGGAGGUCAUCGGCCACGUGGCUGAAGGGGACCGGGCUGACGUGGAUCGGGCGGUGAAAGCAGCCCGGGAGGCCUUCCACCUGGGGUCUCCAUGGCGCUGAAUGGAUGCCUCAGAGCGGGGCCGGCUGCUGAACCGCCUGGCUGACCUAGUGGAGCGGGAUCGUGUCUACUUGGCCUCACUGGAGACCCUGGACAAUGGGAAGCCUUUCCAGGAGUCUUAUGUCUUGGACCUGGAUGAGGUCAUCAAGGUAUACCGGUACUUUGCUGGCUGGGCUGACAAGUGGCAUGGCAAGACCAUCCCCAUGGAUGGCGAGCAUUUCUGCUUCACCCGGCACGAGCCUGUUGGCGUCUGUGGCCAGAUAAUCCCGUGGAACUUCCCCUUGGUCAUGCAGGGCUGGAAGCUGGCCCCGGCACUUGCCACGGGCAACACUGUGGUCAUGAAGGUGGCAGAGCAGACCCCCCUUUCUGCCCUGUACUUGGCCUCCCUCGUCAAAGAGGCGGGCUUUCCCCCUGGGGUGGUAAACAUCAUCACAGGCUAUGGCCCAACAGCAGGAGCGGCCAUUGCCCAUCACAUGGAUAUCGACAAAGUUGCCUUCACUGGCUCCACCGAGGUGGGCCACCUGAUCCAGAAGGCGGCCGGCGAUUCCAACCUCAAGAGAGUCACCCUGGAGCUGGGUGGGAAGAGCCCGAGCAUUGUGCUGGCUGAUGCCGACAUGGACCAUGCUGUGGAGCAGUGCCAUGAAGCCCUGUUCUUCAACAUGGGUCAGUGCUGCUGUGCCGGUUCCCGGACCUUCGUUGAAGAAUCCAUCUAUGAUGAGUUUCUCGAGAGAACUGUGGAAAAAGCUAAGCAGAGGAAAGUUGGGAACCCCUUUGAGCUGGACACCCAGCAGGGGCCCCAGGUGGACAAGGAACAGUUUGAACGAAUCCUGGGCUACAUCCAGCUUGGCCAGAAGGAGGGGGCAAAACUUCUCUGCGGUGGGGAGCGUUUUGGAGAGCGAGGCUUCUUCAUCAAGCCCACGGUCUUUGGUGGUGUGCAGGAUGACAUGAGGAUUGCCAAGGAGGAGAUCUUCGGGCCUGUGCAGCCUCUGUUCAAGUUCAGGAAGAUGGAGGAGGUGAUUGAGAGGGCCAACAACACCAGAUAUGGCUUGGCUGCUGCUGUGUUCACCCAGGACCUGGACAAAGCCAUGUACUUCACACAGGCACUCCAAGCUGGGACGGUGUGGGUGAACACCUACAACAUUGUCACCUGCCACACGCCAUUCGGAGGCUUUAAGGAAUCUGGCAAUGGGAGGGAGCUGGGGGAGGAUGGGCUUAAGGCCUACACAGAGGUGAAGACAAUCACCAUCAAGGUUCCUAAGAAGAACUCGUAAGAACAGCUGCCAGGGAGCACCAACUCUAGUCCAAGGAUGCCACCACCACCUGCCAGUGGUUGCCAAACAGGUUUUUAGCCAUGGACCCCCUUUAUUUGUUCCAGAUGAACACUUAGAGGGAACCUCAACAAAUAAAGCAAUUAAAAUGAGAGCUGCUUUAGUUAAAGCAGGGAUGGGGGCCGGGCUCAGAGCCCUGUCCACCUGCACUCCAGCCCCCUUGGUGGCCCUGUGUUACUUCCAUGAAACCUUAGGAGUCUCUGAACGACAGAUUAAGAAACACUGAUCCAGACCAUGGCUCUCAGUUCUUCUUACUGAUCCAAGGACUUCCCGGUGGAUUAACUGACGUCUUAGUGGGUAGACUUAUCUCAGACAUGGGAUUGGAAGGCAUUAGGAGUUUUAAGCUAGACCCCAUAAUC